GCCAUGAAUAUCUCACACGAAGUGGAGCAGCUGUUCCAGCCCUAUAACUUCGAGCAGUUGCAGGACAUGAGGCCCUUUUUGGAGGAGUACUGGGCAACCUGUUUCCCCAUAGCUCUGAUCUACCUGCUGCUCACCUUUGUGGGGCAGAAAUACAUGAAGGCACGGAAAGGCUUCAACCUGCAGGGGCCUCUCAUCUUCUGGUCUUUCUGCCUUGCAAUCUUCAGCAUUGUAGGAGCAGUGAGGACGUGGGGCUUUAUGGGGAUCGUGAUUCUUAGAGGGGGCCUAAAGCAAACUGUGUGCUAUGCCAGCUUCGUCAACAAUUCCAUAGUCAAGUUCUGGUCCUGCUUUUUUCUUCUCAGCAAGGUCAUUGAACUCGGAGACACAGUCUUCAUCAUCCUGCGUAAGCGGCCACUCAUCUUUGUGCACUGGUACCACCACAGCACAGUGCUAGUGUACACAAGCUUUGGAUACAAGAACAUAGUGCCUGCAGGUGGCUGGUUCAUGACCAUGAACUUUGGUGUACAUUCCAUCAUGUACACCUACUACACUCUGAAGGCUGCCAAUGUGAAGCCCCCUAGGGUGCUUUCUAUGCUCAUCACCAGUCUACAGAUCCUGCAGAUGUUUAUGGGAGCCAUCGUCAGCAUACUGACUUACAUCUGGAGGCAGGAACAGGGAUGCCAAACCACGGUGGAGGACCUCUUCUGGUCAUUCGUCUUGUAUGCAACGUAUUUCAUCCUAUUUGCUCUCUUCUUCCGCCAAACCUAUAUCAAGCCCAAGGUCAAAGCUAAGACCAAGAGUCAAUGA